UUCUACUAUUUGGAGCAUGCGCAUAGUUUCUCUCAUGUUUUGCUUUGUGAAUUUGUGAAUUUAACGGUUGAAAUCGCGCCAAUUCAGCAUUUUACCAUGAAUUUGUAAUUGUCGUGUUUUUGUUUUAAAACGAUAGUUUUUUUAGAAGUGUUACUUGUUAAUCGGUGUAAUUGUGGCGUCAAAAGUAACGUCCUAGCGUAACAAUGGAAAAUUCGGCGAUGGGGCGCAAACGAAAGCCCUUGUCUCAACUAACCCUCACAAACGACGCCACCCUUAACUCCUCAACGCCCUCCAAGAAAAAACGCUCGAAGACAAAUGAUUCCCAGAAACGUGCCGGGACCAUAAUUCGCAUGGUCCUCAAAAACUUCAUGUGCCAUUCAAUGCUCGAGGUCGACUUGAGCGAAAACAUCAGUAUAAUAAUCGGACGCAACGGAAGCGGAAAAAGUGCCAUUUUGACCGCGCUAGUCGUGGGCUUAGGGGGCAAGGCCAGUCUCACAAAUCGUGGCAACAGCGUCAAGAGUUUCAUCAAAACUGGGAAAGUCUCAGGCAGUGUUGAGAUCGAGUUGUACAACGGGGGCCCCAUGGCCUACCGGCCGAACGUCUACGGCGACAAAAUCACCAUAAUUCGCAACCUGACGGCUUCGGGGGGCUCCAGCUACAGGAUCAAAGCGGCAGAUGGGGCUGUCAUAGCCUCCCAGUUGCGCGAAAUCCACAAUAUCACGACCAGUCUCAACAUCCAAGUCGAUAAUCCCGUCUGUAUCCUCAACCAGGACACGUCCCGGAAUUUUCUAAGCAGCAACAACCCCAAAAAUAAAUUUAUUCUCUUCAUGAAAGCCACGAAACUGGACUCGCUUAGUGAAGAGUACAAAAAAAUUACUUUUCAUAAGAAAGAGUCACAGAAGGUUUUUGAGGACAAGAAAACCAGUUUCAAUAAAUUAGUCGAGGAGUUGAAGCAACUGAAGCAAAAAAUUGACAAUCACAAGUCGAUUGUUGGCAUUCGGGAGAAGAUAAAGCUGAUGCAGAUCGAGUUGCUUUGGGCUAAGGUGCGCGAUGCUGAAGAAGAGGCGCAAAAGGAUGAAGAAAACGUCGAAAAGUUGACCAAAAAGCAGGAAAAACUGAUCAGUGAUUGCGAAAAUCGGUCGAAACGAGUGGCCGAUUUGAAAAAAAAUAUCGCUUCGCUCACUCAAAAAAUAAACGAACUCAAAGAAACAAUCCAAGUACAGUCGAGACCGCAAUGGGACGUCAAGCGAGUUAUUGACGAUCUCCGAACAAAAUAUAACGACAAACGUCGGCAGAAACAACUUAUCUAUGGCACAAUUGAGUCAAAAAAUAAAGAAGCCGACGCUUUGCUGCACGAUAUUGAAAAUGCCAACGAAAAAAUGUCACGUGUGGAACAAGAGAAAAUGCAACGCUUACGCGAUUUGAACAACAUGAGUGAGAAAAUCAAGGGUAUGGAGGACCACUUGCAGACUUGUCGCAAUGAUUUGUUUCAAAUACGCAGCGACAUCUCGCGGCGUGAUGAAGAGAAAGCGAGUUUGAGGCGUGACAUCAGCCAACUGGACCAUCAAAUAAAUAACGAGAAAAGUAGCUUGAAUGCGCUACAAAACGAAUCGGGGAAUACCCUACUGUUAUACGGUCGGGACAUCCCCCGAGUCAAACAACUGAUCGAACAGAACAAAAGUCGCUUCAAACACAUGCCACGCGGUCCAUUGGGCUCUUACAUAAAACUCAAAGAUAAAAAGUGGGCCGUGGCGGUGGAAAGUUACCUCACACCCGGCCUACUCGGAUCAUUCGCCGUUGAUAAUCCCAGUGAUAAUCAAUUGUUAGUUCAAAUUUUUAACCAAGUCUGGUCCAGUGGUCCCAAACCGACCAUAAUCACGUCCCAGUUUUUCUCACAGAAACAUGACGUUACGAAGAACCUGGUCAGGGCCCCCUCUGAUUGUGUCGGUCUUUACGACGUUUUGGAAAUCGAGGAUGCCGUGGUUGCCAACUGCAUCGUAGAUCAGUCACAAAUUGAGGGAAUUUUGUUAAUCCCGAGCAAUGAUCGUGCGAUGCAAUUGCUAUCAAACGCUAGUCACGUGCCACGCAAUUGUCAACAAGGAAUUACAAUCACAGGUGAUAAGUACUUCCCCGAUCCGGAUUACAAGACUUACGGAUCGCGUUACCACAGGGCGCAGUAUUUACAAGUCGAUACCAAAGAACAUAUCCUCCAACUAGAACACAAUAUUAGGGAAUUGGCGAAGAAAAAAGAAGCCAUUGAAAAACAACUAAACGCGAUUUUUGCCGAAACGCGUGAACAGGAAAAUAAAAAAAUACAAUUGGAGGAAAAAAUCAAAAAAUUAGACGGAGCACGUACUAAAAUCAGGCGACAGUUGGAGGAGUUGAAGGCCACAGCCGAACCUGAAGUCGCCAGUGUUGAACUACUUGAAAGUGAAUUAAGCGAAAUUCGUAACACAAUUCAGGAGAAAUCGGCUCAGUUGGCCACUGUUGAAACAACACUUAAGGAAAUUAAAGCCGAUAUUAAUAAAAACGAAGAAAAAUUGCAAAACUUGAAAGCGGCCAAUACCGACUUAGAGGAGCGCAUGCGCACACUUGAAGACCAAAUGAAAGAAGACCAAAUCCGGCAGAAGGAAAUCACGACGAGUGAGGAGUUCGACAAGAGAAAAGCCCAAGAGUUUAAAAACAAAAUAAACGAGGCGCGAUCCGAGCUCGUCUUGAAGCAAUCAACCGUGAAAAAAUACACAGAGCAGGCGUUGAGUUUGGGGGAAAGACUGGAAACGGCCAGGGAAGUCCCCGAUAUUGCCAAUGAAAUUAACUUAUUGGAGCGCAACGCGCGUCGGAUUGAAACGGCGACGGAAAAUGUGGAAGAAUUGUUAGAGAAAUACCACACUAUGCACGAGCGAUAUGACAAAUUGUCAACGCUUCUCGCGUGCCUUGAAGAGGAUAUUACAGAAUUGGCCAAAGCCGUGGAACAAAGGACGCGACAUUAUAAACUUACGGAGAAUUAUUUCGUCACGUAUAUUAAACAUUCGUUUAAGAAAAUUAUGGAAGUUCGGCAGUUUAAAGGCUCGAUUGAUAUUAAUUUACACGAAAAAACGUUAGACUUGGUCGUUAUACCCCAGCAUGGGUCACAGGGGUUGACCACCACGUCUAAUUUGUCAGGGGGCGAAAGGUCUUUUUCCACAGUUGCGUUUUUGUAUUCGCUGUGGCAAUGUAUGGAGUUCCCUUUCUAUUUCCUGGACGAGUUUGAUGUCUACAUGGAUAAAUUAAAUAGAACCAAAGUUAUUGACAUAUUGAUACAUCACGCUGAGGCGCAUCCUGAAUUACAAUUCGUGUUCCUAACACCUCAGGACGUGUCGUUCGUCAAGAAGGCUUCCAUUUUGAGGCUGGAAGACCCCGAACGGAACACUGUUUGAUAUUGUUUGCAGUAUUAAUUAUAUAUAUUUUUCCAUAUUAAAUUUUAUU